UUUUCAUGCUAAUUUGGUGUUUACCACUACAAAAAUUUAAAACAUGCUAAAAUUUAACUUUAAAUGUUUAUUUUUUCUUAAUCUUCUACUAAUAUUUUUUGUUUUCCCAUUAUUAUUAUUUUCCGGUUAUUUGGCUGCUGAAAUUGUUAGUUUUGUUAGAAAAUAUUUUUUUGACUUCUUGAUUGAAACUGAAGAAUUAAAAGAAUGUUUACAAAAAACUUUUGAAGAUUCUGAAACUUUUGUUUGUGUAUGUAAUUCAGAAUUUUGUGAUGAAGUUGAGCCUCUUGGAUUGUUAGCAAAAGGAAAAAUAGUUUUUUAUUUGACUGAUAAAAGAAAGAAUCGGAUGAAAAAAGUGCUUAAACACUUUCCUUUUAAUAAAACUGAUGAUAAUAAAUUACCAACAAUAUCAAUUGAUUCUUCUGCACGUUUUCAAACUAUAAUUGGUUUUGGCGGGGCUUUUACAGAUUCUGUUGGAUUGAAUUUAAAUUCUUUAAGUGCUACAACUAGGGAAAGCCUUAUUAAAAAUUAUUUUCAUCCUGAGGAGGGAAUUGGUUAUUCUAUUGGAAGGGUGCCUAUUGCUAGUACUGAUUUCUCGACGAGAGAAUAUUCUUAUGUUGAACAAGAAGGGGAUUUUGAAUUGAAAACAUUUUCUUUGGCAAAAGAAGAUUUUGAAUAUAAGGCUAGCUUUGAAGUUUUGAUCUCCAAUCUUAAAGCCUCUAAAUAA